GGGAAAAGCAGACAUUUCCACACCCGGGCACGGCCAUGGAGUCAGUAGGAGUGCUCCUCUUGUCCUUUUCUUUGCUGAUGGCGUUGGGCUCCGCAGCUUCCAAAGCGGCGGAGGAAGACCCCGAGUUUUGGAGGUCGCAGGCCAAGAAGUCUUUGCAGGCUGCCCUGGACAGGGAGUUAAACACCAACGUGGCCAAGAAUAUUCUGUUUUUCUUAGGAGACGGUAUGGGAAUCACAACUUACACAGCUGCUCGUAUCCUCAAGGGACAGCUUCAGAAUAAGACAGGCGAGGAGACAGUCAUGACCAUGGACACCUUUCCCUAUGCGGGCUUAGCUAAGACCUACAGCGUAGACUUCCAGAUUCCAGACAGUGCAGCCACAGCCACGGCCUACCUGUGCGGUGUGAAGACCAACCUGAACACUGUAGGCGUCAGCGCGGCAACAAAGAACGGAGUCUGCAAGUCUCAGAAAGGCAACGAGGUCACAUCCAUUCUGAAAUGGGCCAAAGAUGCCGGGAAGUCUGUUGGCAUCGUGACAACCACGCGGGUCCAGCAUGCCACUCCGGCGACCACCUAUGCCCACAGUGCCAGCAGGAAGUGGUACAGUGAUGCGGACAUGCCCGCCUCCGCCAAGAGAGAGGGCUGUACAGACAUUGCCUCUCAACUCCUCAGCAACACAGACAUAGAUGUGAUUAUUGGUGGCGGUAGAAAAUACAUGACCCCCAAGGGCACCAGGGACCCGGAGUACCCACGGGACUUUUCCUCCAGAGGCAAGAGAGAGGAUGGACGCAACCUCAUCAAGGAGUGGCAGAGCAUGAAAGCCGGGAAGGUAGCCCAUUAUGUGUGGAACAAAACUGAUUUCGAUGCGGUCGACCCUGAAACCACGGACUACCUCAUGGCUUUGUUUGAGCCUGGUGACCUGCGAUAUGAUGUGGAGAGAGACCCCAGCAUGGACCCGUCCAUCAUCGAGACCACUGAGAAGGCCAUCCGCAUCCUACGCAGAAACCCCAAGGGCUUCUUCCUACUGGUGGAGGGGGGCCGUAUCGACCAGGGUCACCAUGCCGGCCGGGCAUUCAUGGCACUGCACGAAACGGUGGCCCUCGACAAUGCCGUGGCCAAGGGCCUCGAGUUGACCAGAGAGGACGAGACUCUCACUGUGAUCAUGGCUGACCACUCACACCCUUUUAUACACAAUGGCUACCCCUUUAGAGGACAGAGCAUCUUCGGUAAGUCUCCUCUGUGGGCCCUGGACAUGCUUCCCUAUACCACCCUGAUGUACGGCAAUGGACCCGGGUACAAAACCAUCAAUGGCAAACGCCCCGACAUCCGCCACGUUGACACAAAGACUAAAGACUAUGUUCAGCUAUCUGCGGCACCCAUGGAGUCGGCCACACACAGCGGAGAGGAUGUGCCAGUGCUGGCCCGCGGUCCCAUGUCCCAUCUCUUCCACGGGGUCCAAGACCAGAACUACAUCGCCCAUGCUAUGGCAUAUGCCGCCUGCGUGGGCCAGGAUCUGAGGCACUGCCAGACCCCCCCGAAAACCAACAUCGAGUCUUGGACCAGCACUAGCAGCGAUAAGAACAGUGCCGAGGCAUUUCGGGCUGGAGGAGCUUUUGGUUCGGCGACGGCAGCGCUACUGACAGCUCUGCUGGCCAUGAUGCUGCACUGACAUGUCUAGUCAUCACUUUGAGAGAGUACAUUCAUAUUUGAAAAGGCUAGCUACCUUUCCCAAAACACUACGGCAAAGGGUGAUUUUGCUGUCAAUGAAAACACCAAAUGACAUUGAUUAUCUUAGACCGUGUCAGUUGGAUUUUUUUUUUGGUUUACCUCAGAACCCCAAGAAAAAACCAUGGUCUAAUUAAGACCAGAGAAGAAGAUAAGUGGAAAUUGACUCCCAUUUCUCCAUUUCCACCACUUAGCAACAAGUCUCCUGUGAUCUCCUCUUCCAAUAUCCGCAGCGCUAAUUGAGUUUCACUGGUGUCCCUGUUUGAUGGCAUUAGUACAGCGGGACAUUAAUAAUGCAAAAUAUUUAAAGAUCACUUAUUUUUUUUGUUUUACAGUGACAGCUUAUGGUAAUUAGUUGGGACAUCUGUUAGUUAUUUUGAUCUUAUUAAACCUGAG